AUGCCACAAAGAUGUGUCGGCCAUCAACGUCUUUUCCCUUCUCUUUUACACACACACACACACACACACACACACACUCUCUCUCUCUCUCUCUCUCUCUCUCUAUCUAUCUAUCUAUCUAUCUAUCUAUAUAUAUAUAUAUAUAUAUAUGACCAUCUAUCUAGCUCUGUGUAUAUCUACCUAUGUCAAUCUGUUCAUCUCUGCUUCUCUCUUCAUCUAUCUAUCUAUUUUGGUCUGACUAUAUCUACCUAUGUCAAUCUGUUCAUCUCUACCUUUCUCUCUCUCUCUCUCUCUCUCUGUCUAUCUCGUUCUGUGUGUAUCAACCCAUGUCAAUCUUUUCAUCUCUGCCUCUCACUCCCCUAUCUAUCUAUCUAUCUAUCUAUCUAUCUUGAUCUGACUAUAUCUACCUAUGUCAAUCUGUUCAUCUCUGCUUCUCUCUUCAUCUCUCUCUCUAUCUAUCUAUCUAUCUAUCUAUCUAUCUAUCUAUCUAUCUAUCUUUUCUCUACGUCUCUCUUCUCUUUGUAG